AACUCUACAGUAUUUACUAUAAAUAUACUAUAUUUUCACGUGGAGCAGCUAGUGUGGAAGGUUGUGUUUGAUAUUAACCCAUAAUCUGUGAUUGUGUAGCACACGUCCAAGUGAGUUUAUUUGUAAUAGACAAAUGUGGCUAUUGUGUAUCAAAGUUUGAGAGCCCUAUAGUACAAACAUUGAGUUACUGAUGCUCAAACAAAGUGUUACCAAUAAUUGGCAAGAUUUUCAUAAUAAUAUCUACUAAUAAUUUGUUCCUCUAUUCACUUGUUGUGUCUCCCAGAGGACAUGUAUGAAAUCGAUGCUUCAUAACAAAAAGUCACAUUUUGAUUUACCCCGAUUUAUGACAAACUAUUUGAAAAUUAUUUAAAUGAUAAAAUGAUGCUGGUUUCUCAAACAUCAGUAAACAUUAGAACAACAUCAUCACAGGUGUACCGUGUUUAUAUAAUGUUUCAGAGCGCUGCUUUCACUGUUAAACAUUACAAGUCUUCAGAUGAAAACAGCAGAAGAUGAAGCAGAAUCUCUUUAACACAGAUUGAAUCACGUGACAAACAGGAGCACAGGUGAGUCUCAAACUGAAAGUGUUUCAGAGACUUCUGGAUUCUGUUCCUGCAGGACAAGACCGUCUGUACUGCUGAAGUCAUGCUGAGCAUCUGAUGGUCUUCAGCGACACAGAGACACCAGAGCUGAGCUGUUUUCAGUGUCAGUUUAUCUGCAGUAAUGUCAGAGGAGCGAGGAAAGGACUCUCUCUCUAAGAUGAGUCUCUCAGAGAAACAGAGUAAAAGAUCAGACUCAGGUGUGUUCAGCUCUGUGUCUCUGAAGAGUGACCGGUCAAAAGGUGAAGGACCAUAUUUCAGUGAGAGAAAACCAUCAACUAACAAAAGUCUUCAAUGUGAGACAUUAGACUCAGAGGUUCAGACUCACAGGAUACAUAAGAAUUUCAAUGACAAACUCCUAAAGAUCUUCCAGGAUCUUGAGAGCAAAAUAAUAACGUUUCUGAAGAAUGAAUUAGAAAAGUUUAAGAAAAUAUUAAAAAAUCAGAACACACAAAACUUUGUGAAGGACUUUAAUGAGAACAGAUGCAGUACCAAAGCAGCAGCUCUUGAUCUCACACUACAUUACCUGAGAGAGAUGAAGCAAGAUGAAACUGCUGAUGCUCUAGAAGAUGAGCUGUUCUUCGUUCAUCAGCUCAAAUGUGGCCUAAAGAAGAAGUAUCAAUGUGUGUUUGAAGGAAUUGCGAAGCAAGGUGACUCCACACUUCUGAAUAACAUCUACACAGAUCUCUAUAUCACUCAGGGCGGCAGUGAACAGGUCAAUACUGAACAUGAGGUCAGACAGAUUGAAGUUGCUUCCAGGUGUCAUGAAUCUCAAGAGAUACAGGUUAAAUGCACACAAUUGUUUGAAGCUCCAGAACAACAUGAGGAGAUCCGAACUGUACUGACAAAAGGAGUCGCUGGCAUUGGAAAAUCAGUCUCUGUGCAAAAAUUUGUUCUGGACUGGGCUGAAGGAAAAGAAAAUCAAGAUAUCAGUUUCAUAUUUCCUCUUCCAUUCAGAGAGAUGAACUUAAAGGAGGAAGAAAAACUAAGUUUGAUGGACCUUAUAACUCAGUUUUUCCCAGAGACAAAAGGACUGAACCUUACAAGAAGAAAUCAAUUCAAAGUCCUGUUCAUCCUUGAUGGAUUGGAUGAAUGUCGCCUUCCUCUGAAGUUUGAUGGUAAUGAGACGUGGCGUGAUGUAUCGUCACCAGCCUCUCUGGAUGUUCUCCUAACGAACCUCAUGAAGGGAAAUCUGCUUCCUUCUGCUCUCAUCUGGAUCACCACCAGACCAGCAGCUGCCAGUAAGAUUCCUCCUGACUGUAUCGACCGGCUGACAGAGAUACGAGGAUUCAGUGAUGCACAAAAGGAAGAGUACUUCAAGAAAAGAUUCACGGAUCAGAAUCAGGCCAACACAAUCAUUGAUCAUGUUAAAAAAUCAAAGAGUCUCUUUAUCAUGUGCCACAUCCCAGUCUUCUGCUGGAUUUCAGCCACUGUUCUCCAGAACAUUCUGGAGGAGAAAAGAAAUAAUGAUGUGAAAAACAAUCAGGCUGAUGAGAUCUCUAAAACACAGCAGGAAUCAAACACUGAAGACACUCCCAAGACUCUGACACAAAUGUACACACACUUUCUCCGCUUUCAGAUCCAGCAGAGCAAACGGAAGUAUGAUGGAGAAUACACAGCAGAUGUUUCCUGGGAUAAAGACACCAUCCUUUCACUGGGGAAACUGGCAUUUCAUCAGCUGGAAAGAAACAACGUGAUCUUCUAUGACACAGACCUGGAAGCCUGUGGUAUUGAUGUCUAUAAGGCAUCAGUGUACUCAGGCAUGUGUACCCAGAUCUUUAAGGAGGAAACAGGGAUCACUCUUGGUACCAUGUACUGCUUUGUUCACUUGAGCAUUCAAGAGUUUAUUGCAGCCCUUUAUGCACAUCUGUUUCUAGACAUCAACAAGACAAGUGUGUUUGAUCAUGAGUCUACAGAACAGAAAAACAAAAAUGAAACCAUGAUUGAUUUUCUCAAGACUGCAGUGGACAAGGCGCUCGAGAGUGACAAUGGACACCUGGACCUUUUCCUUCGCUUCCUCCUCGGUCUGUCGCUCCAGUCCAAUCGACGACUCUUACGGGGUCUGUUAACACAGCAAGAUGACAAUGACCAGAGCAACAAGGAAAUAGUUCAGUACAUCAAGCAGAAACUAGAAGAUAAUCUGCCUGCAGAGAGAUCCAUCAAUCUGUUCUACUGUCUGAAUGAACUGAACGACCAAACUCUGGUGAAGGAGAUUCAGACCCACCUUAGCAGAGGAAGUCUCUCAUCUGGUGACCUUUCACCUGCCCAGUGGUCUGCUUUGGUCUUUGUGUUGUUGACAUCAGAGGAAGAGCUGGAGGAGUUUGAUCUUCAGAAAUUCAAGAAAUCAGACGAGUGUCUCAUUAGAUUAUUGGCAGUCAUCAAAACCUCCAGAAGAGCUCUGUUAAAUAAUUGUAACUUGACAGACAAAAGCUGUUCAGCUCUGGCUACAGUUCUUGGAUCAGAUACUAAUCUGAAAGAGCUGAACAUGAAUAAUAAUAAACUGCAGGAUUCAGGAGUGAAGCAGCUCUGCGAUGGACUGAAGAAUAUAAAGUGUAAAUUGGAGAUAUUGAGGUUAAGAUACUGUUGUAUGACAGAUGGAGGUUGUUCUGCUCUGACUUCAGCUCUGAAAUCAAACCCAUCACACCUGAGAGAGCUGAACCUGAGCAGGAAUAAACUAGGAGACUCUGGAGUGAAAAACCUCAGUGAUCUACUGAAGAACCCACAAUUCAAGCUGGAGAAACUAGAUCUGAUUGGAUGCUGGAUUACUGAGAAACAGUGUGUCAUCCUGACUUCAGCUCUGAAAUCAAACCCAUCACACCUGAGAGAGCUGAACCUGAGUGGGAAUAUAAUAAUAAACAGAGCAGUGAAGCACUUACGUGACGUACUGAAGGAUUCACACUGUAAACUGGAGAGAUUGAGGUUAAGUGACUGUGAUAUAACAGAUAAAGGUUGUUCUGCUCUGACUUCAGCUCUGAAAUCAAACCCAUCACACCUGAGAGAGCUGAACCUGAGUGUGAAUGAACUAGGAUACUCUGGAGUCAAAAACCUCAGUGAUCUACUGAUGAACCCACAAUUCAAGCUGGAGAAACUAGAUCUGAGUUACUGCAGAAUUACAGAGAAACAGUGUCUCAUCCUGACUUCAGCUCUGAAAUCAAACCCAUCACACCUGAGAGAGCUGAACCUGAGUGUGAAUAAACUAGGAGACUCUGGAGUGAAAAACCUCAGUGAUCUACUGAUGAACCCACAAUUCAAGCUGGAGAAACUAGAUCUGAGUUACUGCAGUAUUACAGAGAAACAGAGUCUCAUCCUGACUUCAGCUCUGAAAUCAAACCCAUCACACCUGAGAGAGCUGAACCUGAGUGAGAAUAAUCUAGGAGACUCAGGAGUGAAAAACCUCAGUGAUCUACUGAUGAACCCACAAUCCAAGCUGGAGAAACUAGAGUUAAGCUGGUGUUAUAUGACAGAAGAAGGUUGUUCUGCUCUGACUUCAGCUCUGAAAUCAAACCCAUCACACCUGAGAGAGCUGAACCUUAGCUAUAAUGAACUAGGAGACUCUGGAGUGAAAAACCUCAGUGAUCUACUGAUGAACCCACAAUUCAAGCUGGAGAAACUAGAUCUGAGCGGAUGCAGUAUUACAGAGGAACAGUAUGUCAUCCUGACUUCAGCUCUGAAAUCAAACCCGUCACACCUGAGAGAGCUGAACCUUAGCUAUAAUGAACUAGGAGACUCUGGAGUGAAAAACCUCAGUGAUCUACUGAUGAACCCACAAUUCAAGCUGGAGAAACUAGAUCUGAGUCACUGCAGUAUUACAGAGGAACAGUGUCUCAUCCUGACUUCAGCUCUGAAAUCAAACCCAUCACACCUGAGAGAACUGGACCUGAGUGUGAAUAAACUAGGAGACUCUGGAGUGAAAAACCUCAGUGAUCUACUGAUGAACCCACAAUUCAAGCUGGAGAAACUAGAUCUGUAUGAAUGCAGUAUUACAGAGAAACAGUGUCUCAUCCUGACUUCAGCUCUGAAAUCAAACCCCUCACACCUGAGAGAGCUGGACCUGGGCGGCAAUAUAAUAAGAAACACAGGAGUGAAGCACCUAUGUGAUGUACUGAAGGAUUCACACUGUAACCUGGAGAGAUUGAGGUUAAACUCUUGUUCUAUGACAGAAGAAGGUUGUUCUGCUCUGACUUCAGCUCUGAAAUCAAACCCAUCACACCUGAGAGAGCUGAACCUGAGUAUCAAUGAACUAGGAGAUUCUGGAGUGAAAAACCUCAGUGAUCUACUGAUGAACCCACAAUCCAAGCCGGAGAAACUACAUCUGUUUGGAUGCAAUAUUACAGAGAAACAGUGUCUCAUCCUGACUUCAGCUCUGAAAUCAAACCCAUCACACCUGAGAGAGCUGGACCUGAGCUGGAAUAAACUGGAAAACACAGGAGUGAAGCACUUAUGUGACGUACAGAAGGAUUCACACUGUAAACUGGAGAGAUUGAGGUUAAGCCUCUGUUAUAUGACAGAUGAAGGUUGUUCUGCUCUGACUUCAGCUCUGAAAUCAAACCCAUCACACCUGAGAGAGCUGAACCUGAGCAGGAAUAAACUAGGAGACUCUGGAGUGAAAAACCUCAGUGAUCUACUGAUGAACCCACAAUCCAAGCUGGAGAAACUAGAGUUAAGCUCCUGUGAUAUGACAGAUGAAGGUUGUUCUGCUCUGACUUCAGCUCUGAAAUUAAACCCAUCACACCUGAGAGAGCUGAACCUGAGCGGGAAUAAAAUGGGAGACUCUGGAGUGAAAAAUCUCAGUGAUCUACUGAUGAACCCACAAUCCAAGCUGGAGAAACUACAUCUGAGUGAAUGCAGUAUUACAGAGGAACAGUGUGUCAUCCUGACUUCAGCUCUGAAAUCAAACCCAUCACACCUGAGAGAGCUGAACCUGAACGGGAAUGAACCAGGAGACUCUGGAGUGAAAAACCUCAGUGAUCUACUGAUGAACCCACAAUUCAAGCUGGAGAAACUAGAUCUGAGUGGAUACAGUAUUACAGAGAAACAGUGUCUCAUCCUGACUUCAGCUCUGAAAUCAAACCCAUCACACCUGAGAGAGCUGAUCCUGAGCAAGAAUAGACUAGGAGACUCUGGAGUGAAAAACCUCCGUGAUCUACUGAUGAACCCACAAUUCAAGCUGGAGAAACUAGAUCUGAGUUACUGCAAUAUUACAGAGGAACAGUGUCUCAUCCUGACUUCAGCUCUGAAAUCAAACCCAUCACACCUGAGAGAGCUGAACCUGAACUGGAAUAUAAUAGCAAACACAGGAGUGAAGCACCUAUGUGACGUACUGAAGGAUUCAUACUGUAAACUGGAGAGAUUGAGGUUAAGUCACUGUUAUAUGACAGAUGAAGGUGGUUCUGAUGUGACUUCAGCUCUGAACUCAAACCCGUCACACCUGAGAGAGCUGAACCUGAGCUGGAAUAAACUAGGAGACUCUGGAGUGAAAAACCUCAGUGAUCUACUGAUGAACCCACAAUUCAAGCUGGAGAAACUAGAUCUGUGUGUUUGCAGUAUUACAGAGGAACAGUGUCUCAACCUGACUUCAGCUCUGAAAUCAAACCCAUCACACCUGAGAGAGCUGGACCUGAGCAGGAAUGAACUAGGAGACUCAGGAGUGAAAAACCUCAGUGAUCUACUGAUGAACCCACAAUUCAAGCUGGAAAAACUACAUCUGUUUAGUUGCAGAAUUACAGAGAAACAGUGUGUCAUCCUGACUUUAGCUCUGAAAUCAAACCCAUCACACCUGAGAGAGCUGAACCUGAACUGGAAUAAACUAGGAGACUCAGGAGUGAAGCACCUAUGUGACGUACUGAAGGAUUCACACUGUAAACUGGAGAAACUGAGUCUACUGAACUGUGGCAUUACAGAUGUUUCUUCUUUAACUCAGUCUUUGACGAACUCAAAAGCACUGCAGUUUUUAAAAGAGCUUGAUCUGAGAGAGAAUAUGAUAGGAGACUCAAAUCAGCUGCUCAGUGACGUGAUACGACACUCAAACUGUGACCUGAGAGUAUUUUAAUCACCAAACGUCCCUGAUGGAUCGUUUACAUCAGUUUAAAUCUGUGAAAUGAUAAUGAGAGGAUCAGUGACCAUCAGAUGAUCCACAGAAGAGUCUCUACUGCGUCUAUGAGGAGAAAUAAAUGUGUGAUUAAUGUGUAAAUGUGUUUCAUACAGGUGGAAGAGACUCAGAUUUACAGUUAAAUAAAGCAGCAUGUGUGUUAGCAUGAGUAUCAGAAACAUGUGAUAUUGAAUGAUUAAUGUUGCUUUAAUAUUCA